UUGAUAAGUUCGUUUUUUUCGUUUUCGUUUAGUUUACGUUUACUUUCUGUUGUUUAUUUGUGAGCCAUCGCUCAUUCCGCCCGGAUCGCCAGCCACGCCCCCCGCCCCCAGCCUCCAAUUGACGUCCGGAUGCAGUGCACCUGGGAGGAGAAGACGACGAGCGGCAACUGCCUGCUGCAGUUCACCAACUGCCGCCUGGUACGUGGCCACCGGAUCAUCCAGGAGGAUCUGUGGGUUCGCAACGGACGCAUCGUGAAUCCGGAGCCCGUCUUCUUCGAGGAGCAGGUGAAGUCCCACAGGCGCAUCGAUUGCGGAGGCGCCAUCAUCGCACCCGGCUACAUCGACCUCCAGAUCAACGGUGGCUAUGGCGUGGACUUCUCCUACGACACGGAGACCAUCGAGGAGGGCGUGGCCACGGUGGCUCGCGGGCUGGUGAAAAGCGGGGUCACCUCCUUCUGUCCAACGCUGGUGACCUCGCCGAACGACAGCUACCACACAAUACUGCCGCGCAUUCCCAGCGAAGUGCCCAAGGGCGCCGGCAUCCUGGGCAUCCAUGCCGAGGGUCCGUUCAUCAAUCCCCAGAAGAAGGGUGCGCAUCCGGAGAACUGCAUUCAGACCAUUGAUAAGGUUUCUAUUUUUGUAACCCUCCAGGGACUCGGCACACUGGAGGCCACCUACGGCUCCUUGGAGCGCCUUAAGAUCAUCACCUUGGCGCCGGAGAAGGUCACGGAUCGGGAGGUAAUUGGCCAGCUGGUGGACCGCGGCAUCACCGUGGCCCUGGGCCACUCGAUGGCCUCGCUGAGCGACGGCGAACGUGCCGUUCAGCAGGGCGCCUCGCUGAUCACGCAUCUGUUCAACGCCAUGCUGCCGUUCCAUCACCGCGAUCCCGGCCUGGUCGGACUGCUCGCCUCGGACGCAGUGCCUCGCGGUCGCACCGUCUACUUUGGCAUCAUUGCGGAUGGUGUGCACACGCAUCCGGCAGCGCUGAGGAUCGCCUAUCGUACGCAUCCGCAGGGCCUCAUCCUGGUCACCGAUGCCAUCUCGGCUUUGGGGUUGGAGGAGGGCGUCCACCACAUCGGACAGCUGCCCCUGCAGGUGAAGCAGGGCAAGGCAUUUAUUGCCGGCACGGAAACCCUCUGCGGCAGCAUCGCGCCCAUGGACGAGUGCGUGCGGAUCUUCCAAAAGGCCACGGAUUGCUCCGUCGUCUAUGCCAUCGAGGCGGCCACCUUGCAUCCCGCCCAGUGCCUGAAAAUCGAGGAUCGCAAGGGAACCCUGGACUUUGGCUCGGAUGCGGACUUCAUACUCCUGGACGAUCGGCUCCAGGUGCUGUCCACCUGGAUAGCGGGGACAUGUGUUCAUCGCACUGCCAAGUAGUGCAACAUAUAUUUUCUAUUCACCUGAUGCAGGAUGUAUUUUAUACCGAAGAUUCUCCAAUUAAAUUGUUACAUUUUAUACAUUCCA